CUAUACUUAAUUAUUUUAUUAUUUUGUAAAACAAUUCUAUUUUAGAGGUAUUUUUGAAGCGUUUUGUACCCGAUAAUGAUGUCACUGAUUGUACUUAUGUUUUAAAAAAUAGUGGGAAAUUCUUUUUCACAUCACCAAUUCGAAAAAGGGCUUUUUCUUCCCUGCUAAGAGGGAUCAAAGUGGCACUUUACUUCCCUGCUAGGAGGGAUCAAAGUAACACUUUUCUGUUCUAGCACACUAUUUUUACAUUUUUUUGCACAUUUUUUUUAGCUUAAAUAAUCUGUUUAAGCAUCAGAUUGUGUCAACACUAAGAUUUUUUUGUUUUCCUCAUAGUUGAUGUGAAAAGCAGUAUGUGUCACACGGUAUCAAAAUUAUUUCGUCUUGGGCGUAAACACUUGAAUCCCUUAUUACGCUCAGGAUUAUAUGUACGCCCUUGACGGAAAUAUAUCAUUUUGAUCUCUUGUAACACAAACUACUAUUCUGCCCUCCGGCCGGAAAGCGGCCUGCUGCGCUAAACGAAGUUGCCGCUCUCCGGCUCCGCCGAGCAGAAAAAUAGGUAUACAAGCAUCGGGUAGUAAGUGAGAAAGACAUUUCUUACUUUACUGCUUUAGGUAUGUAUUAAAAUAUACUAACCCGCUAUAGGCUAGUCUACGCAAGAAUUUACUAAGUAGUAUAAGUAGAUACCUAAGAAAAUGCAAAGAUAAAUAUGUAAGUACUUAAGGUUAAACAUUGUCAUUUUUAUAAACGUACAUUCGUCAACAACAUUGUUUUUAUCCACCUAAUAGCCGGCAUAAUCAAAAAUAAUUAAUAACAUGUCAUAAUCAACCAUCGGAAGCAAUAAAAAAAUCUAAUUCAACGAAUGAAGCCCGGGCAAGGCCAUGGCCGCGCGCGAGGAAGUUCUCAGUCCCACUAGUCCGUCACUACACGUCGCUAUCGACGCUUCUGCUGCCUAAUCUGUGCGCGUUCGAAAUUCAAAUCGGAAUAUACGACGCGUUAUUUUUUUUAUUUUUUUUUCUAGUGAUGUGCCAGUGUUUUGUCGGUUUUAUAAUGACAAUUGCAACGUGUUCUGGAAAGCGUCUGUGACAAAAAUAGACGGCCACAAAUUGUUAUAAUUAAACUGUAUGUAAAUAGAGUGGAGGACAGACGUGUCGUCUGAUUCAGUGGUGUAAAUAAACGUUUUAAAAAACUAUACAUUUUAAUGUAAAAUAAUGGUCUUUGAGAAUAGAUCUAAAUAAAGUGCCUUAGUGUAAUGCAUUUUGGGAUUACAAUUAUGUGUGGAAGACUUAUGAGGAUUUUUAUAGUUUUAUUUAUGUGUUAGUGAAGUGUAGAUGCCCUAGAUGCUACAAAAGCGGUACACGAUGUUGCCAAAGCUGAAAAAAUGCUGCUGGUGCCUUUCAUUGCGGACAGGAUGUUUUCUAUUGGCAAUUUUAUCUUCCCUAAGCUGCGUGCUGACCAUCACGGCGGGCGCGUGGAACCUGCCCAACUACGAGAGACCAGAGGACAACUUCAUCGCCAUGAGUGCGGUCAUGUUCUCCACUCUGUCUCUCAUCAGCAACAUCGUCAUCUUACUGGGGCUGUUACUUAAACGUCCCGGCUUCCUGCAGUUGACGAUCCUCUUCAACUCCGUCUUUAUCUUAUGCCUGUUCCUAGUUGCGCUGGUCUUAUGUCUGUUCAGCCCGAAGGCGGAACCGUACCUGAGAGAACCGCUAAAUAUCGUGCUGAUCGUGUUGGCCAUAUGUGCUGGCGUGGUGUAUUCUUUCUACUACAAGAUGGUAGUCAACAGUACCUACCGUCAAAUGAAGACUUGGAACGAAAGCGCUAUUCCUGUAUAACCCAAGGGUAUUUAGGCUAAGGUAUAAUACCUCACAAUAUAAGUUAUACUUUUGUAAACAAGAAUUACAGUGAGAGGUAGUGACUGCAUUUGUAAGGAUAUUCAAACAUUUAGAACAAUUUUAUUACACUGGCCAAAUAUGGCCUGUACAUAUACUGCUUGUCCAGGAGCGGGAUAGCGGAAAGAUGAGCGAAAAGGGAGAUAAAAGGAGAUUUUAUUGGUGGAUUUUUAUCUUGCUCGCCGCUCUGCUUCAGUAAGCCGGAUCCAGACGGAUGUAACGUGUAAUGUAAGAUCACGCGUAAUAUAGGGAGGGUCUGCCAUCUUGUGGCCUGAAUCGGAAACAUAUGUGCACAUUAAUUGCCAAAGCAAGUGCUACCAUCUACCGUUCUCGUAGUUACGUUACCUUGUGCAUAGUAGGUUUUGCCAUCUUGUGGGCUCGGAAGCAUAAACGUCACGUUUACACCUCGCGCCUAAAAUCUGACUGUGACUGCUUCUAUGCUGCCUACAGUUCAUGCACGCCCCCUAUAGCGUCAACGUGUGGAUGCGCUAAGAACCGACAGGCGAUGGAUUCGGCACGAGCGUUACAUGUAAUGCUCGUAGUGCCAUCCACACGCAGUAUUCAUGUUACCUUACACGAUGGAUUACAUUACAUGUUACGGACCCGGCUGUAGGCUGGCCCUUAGUCCGCCAGAUAUGACGAGCAAUGUACAUAGUUGUGCCUUAUUUAAGAUGAUUAAUUUUUUAUACUAAGAUAUUGAGGUUGCUUAACAUUACUUGCAAUUUGUAUUGAACCUCACUUAAGUAUAAUAUUUUAUUUAGACUUGUAUAGUGUGUUUUUAUAAAAACCCUAACGAUUUGACAGUGGUAUGAUUUUUGAAAUUAUUCUAAUUCCAUGGGUUUCCAUGAGAACGCACUAAUAAUAUUAGUCUAAUAUCGGUCACCGGCAGUAAAAAUUAAGUUGUUUUACUUACUUUGUUUAAAGUAAUGUUGUUUGCUUUUUAAGACAACCAGAUUUAUAAUUAAUUAAACUAAGCGGUGGUUGCCGAGUGGACCUAACGUCAGACUUUUCCGGAGGUCGCGGGUUCAUCCUGGCUCGUACCAAUGAGUUUUUCGGAACGCAUUUACGGAAUAUAAUUUGAUAUUUACCACUAGCUUUUCGGUGAAGGAAAACCUCGUGAGGAAACCUGCAUACAUCCGCCAAGAAAUUGUAUGUGCAGUCCCCAAUCCGCAUUGGGCUAGCGUGGGGACUAUAGCCCAAACCAUCUCACGCACGAGAGGAGGCCUGUGCCCAGCAGUGGGCCGUAUAUAGGCUGAUUUUUUUUUAAUAAUUAAAUGAACAUACUAAAUGUGCUGUAUAAUACAUCUAUCUAUUUGUUUAAAAAUAUAUUCUUUUUGUGUAGAUAAUAAUGCAGAAAUAACGGAUUGUAUUGAUUUUAGAAAGCUUUCUGUGAUUGGUUCGCCUAGGAAGUAUGAAUUAAAUGAUUUAUUUUUUGUACAUUAAGAAUAGUUAAUUAAUUUUAAGGAAAAUAAC